GGUAGAAGCGGCUGAUGAAGGAAAGGACGGUGAGCGCCCCCAGCACCAAGGCCGCCAUCCCCGCCGUCACCAUGGAGACCUGAUACGUCACAGCUCCGACAACAUGGCCGCCGGCCUUUAAGCGAAACUACACAGAGACACCGGCGACCGGCAAGAUGGCGACCGUGGGGAAGUGCCGGCGCUCUGUAAUGUGUCCCACAUGGUGUAGUGUCUGGGGGGCGGAUCCUGCUCUGCGUGCACAUUGGUCAGUGCAGAUCAUCUCCCCCUUCUGUGCAGUGAUGGCAGCGGAGAAGCCCCUUCUGUUCAGCUACUUCCGCAGUUCGUGCUCGUGGAGGGUCCGGAUCGCGCUGGCCCUGAAGGGUAUCCAGUACGACCAACACCCCGUCAAUCUCAUCCAGGAUGGCGGGCAGCAGCUGACCGAUGACUACCGGAGGGUGAGCCCCAUGCAGCAGGUCCCGGCCCUGAGGAUUGAUGGCGUCACCCUCAGCCAGUCACUCGCCAUCAUUGAGUACCUGGAGGAGACACGGCCGCACCCCCCAUUGUUCCCUAGAGACCCCAUAAGGAGAGCGCAGUGUCGGGAGAUCAGUGACCUCAUCGCCUCCGGGAUCCAGCCGGUGCAGAACCUGGCCGUGCUGCAGCGAGUGGGAGACGGGAAGCUGGAGUGGGCGCAGCACUUCAUCACCAAAGGCUUCCAAGCUCUGGAGGUGUUGCUUCGGAAUACAGCCGGGCGAUACUGUGUUGGUGAUGAGGUGACAAUGGCCGAUCUGUGUCUUGUUCCUCAAGUGGUCAACGCAGACAGGUUUAAGGUUGACCUGCGCCCGUACCCAACCAUCUCCAGGAUUAACCAGGCUCUGCUUCAGCUGGAGGCGUUUCAGGUCAGUCACCCGUCCCGGCAGCCGGAUACACCACCAGACCUUCGAGCAUAAUCCGCAGAGACCGCCAUGACAAGGAGCCAUUGUAAUGUAGUGUGUAUUGUGAGUGUGCCACAAAUCACACAAUAAACCACAAACACCAGCAUGAAUAACCGCCAUUACAUCCCCACCACAGUGUAAUAAAUAGCGCAGGAUAUCAGGCGCUCAGG